AUGGCGCUGCGCGGGAAGAGCGUGGAGGAGCUGCUCUCAAUCCAGUCGGCUGCCCUGCGACAGCUUUUGGCAGUGAAUGAGGCCCUCGCCGAAGCUCACGCCGUGAAGGACGGCCUCAAGAAAGAAGUCGCAAUCCCCGAGAUCGAAGUUGCCAAAACGUCCUCGAAUGCUACCGCCGAUGAUGUGAAGCAGAGGGCCAGCCUCAAGGAGCCGCUCCUGAAACGCUCGAACUCGCCCACGCCGGAGGGCUUCGGCCUCUUCUCGCAAGGAGCCAUGUUCCCCGACGCGGACAAGAUGAAGGACAAGAUUCGGGCCACACUUUUCGCUCCAGAGUACGAUCCAGAGGCUGUCUACAAGACGACGGGCAGGUGCCAGGCCAUUGCCCGCGAUGCGACCUUCAAAACCAUCACGAUGGUGGUGAUCGUCUUGAACGCCCUCUGGAUUGGCAUCGACACGGAUUUGAACACUGCCGAGCUUGAGAUCGAGUCGCCACUGAUCUUUCAGGUAGUGGACAACGCGUUCUGCUUCUUCUUCACCUUCGAGAUUACCGUUCGCUACCUCGCAUAUCAAAACCAGUCGGAUGCGUUCAAGGAUUUCAGCUUCUGCUUCGACCUCUCACUGGUGGCCACCAUGAUUUGGGAGGUUUGGGUCACCACACUUCUGGUCCUGCUGCUGACGAGCGCCGAUCACGGGGGUGGCAAUCUGUCCAUCCUGCGUCUCUUCCGUCUCUUCCGGCUGGUCCGUAUCGCUCGGGUGGGGAGGCUGAUGAGCUCCUGUCGUGAGCUGGUGGUGCUGGUGAAAGGAAUUGGCAUGGGCCUGCGAUCCGUCCUCUCCACUCUGUUCCUGAUGAUGGUCGUCAUCUACAUCUUUGCCAUCAUCUUCACCCAGCUCUUCCGGGGCAGCCCCGAAGCAGAAGGAUGCUACGAUGGGGUGCUGCAGUCCAUGAACUGCUUGAUGCUGAACGUCGUCUUCCCAGAACAGCAGGAGCUCAUGGCUAAGAUGCUCGAGCUGGGGCCAAUGACCUACCUCCUGGGUAUCUUCUACCUCCUGGUGACCGGCCUCACAGUCAUGAACAUGCUCAUCGGUGUGCUGGUGGAAGUUGUGUCAGUGGUGGCGCAAGUGGACAAGGAGGAGAGUGCGGUGAAGGCCCUACGUGACAAGAUCCAGGAUCUCGUACCACCCGAGUCGAAGCAGGGUAUCAGCCGCCAGCUCUUCCUGCAGCUGAUGAUGGAUGAAGAGCUCGUCUUCACCAUGCAGAACAUUGAUGUGGAUGUUAUGUGCGUUGUGGACUACCCUGAGAUUAUGUUCCACGCCCGUGACUACCUCUCCGUGCCCGAGUUGGUUGAUGCGGUGCUUCAGUUCCGACGCACGACCUCCGUGAGUAUGAUGGACAUCGCGCAGCUCCGGAAGUUCAUGGUGGCUGAGCUUGAGAGCUUGAGACAGGCAAUCAAGACACGAGGCUGA